AUGGUACUCGCGCUUGACCGGCUGUCGGACGCGCAGCGCACGGCCGUGACGUGGGAUGCGGCGGAGCCGCUACAGAUCCUGGCCGGCCCAGGCUCUGGCAAGACACGUGUGCUUACGACGCGCGUCGCUUGGCUCGUACUGGGCGACGAGCACCGUGCGCCCCUCGAUCCGUCGCGAUGCGUCGUGGUCACAUUUACGAACAAGGCAGCGAACGAGAUGCGAGAGCGCCUGAUUGCGCUCAUUGGCGCAGAAAGGACGCAGAAACUGAUUCUCGGGACGUUCCAUGCGACAUGUGCCCGCUUUCUGCGGCGCUGGGGCCGAAAGAUUGGCGUGGAUGCCAACUUUACUAUCGCUGAUGUGGACGACGUGAAACGCAUGAUCAAGGAAACGAUUGAGUCACAUGAAGCGGCAUGGGCCGCCGAGGAUAUCACGCUCAAGCCUGAGCAUGUCCUCUCGCAGAUCUCGCAUGCCAAAGCCCGCUGUCAAUCGCCCGUCGAAUUCCGCACGCGACACAAGUGCCCGCCCGGUUCCGCAUCGGCUCACGCGCAUGGCGCUGUGGCGCAGGUAUACGAGGAGUACCAGCAGCAGCUGCGCGCAAGCAACGCGCUCGACUUUGAUGACUUGCUCAUGCUGGGCGCCCAGCUCUUCCGCGAGCACCCCGCUCUAGCAGACCACAUUGAUCAUGGUACGUCGGUCCGCCUCACACAGUCUUGGUCGACGAGUUCCAAGACACCAAUGCCGUACAGUACGAGCUUAUGCGGCUCAUGGCGGCCAGCUCGCGCUGCGUGA